AUGGGACAGCUCUUACACUCUAUCCAAUUGGCCGCUAAAGAAGAAGAGCGUGCAGUGGCUCGUGCAGCAGCCUCUUUCAACGGUAAUAAAGGGAGACUUAAACGAAUGUCCCUCCACUAUCCUGUUUCUGACCUUCGGUCCACGUCAACGAACGGAGAUGAGCAGGAAAUGCAAGACUCUGACGAGUCAGAGGAUGGUGUUGUUGAAGUAGCCGAGUUUUUUGACUCAACUUCGUCGUGGGUCAUACGAGGCCCGAACGACUCGUUCUAUGUGUCGAGCCGUCAUCGUCCAGUAGGCGCUAUUGCCAAUGAGCAGGCUUUUGUUCGCGAUCUUGCCACCGGCCGUCUUGAAUUGGUUGAGCCCAAUGACUACUACUACUCCGAUGAAGAUUUCGAGGACGAAGAAGAAAUGAAACUAGGUCAUGCUCAGGAGGAAGACACUUCGGAAUUAGAAGAGUUGGGAGAGGAGGAGGAGGGGAGUGAAUUAAGUGCGGAAGAAAGCGAUGACUCGGACCCGGAGUAA